CCUCCAAAAUCUUCAAAAGAAAGUCAUCCGGAUAAAUCGAGUCAACUUUUCAUGUACUUCUACUUUAAUGCAUUCCCAAUUAUAAAGACCCAAUACAAACAAAAAAGUGCAUCAUCAGUGUUUAUAAAUUAUUACGUAUUGAUAUUAUUUAUUUGAGAAGAAUACCAUGGAUUCGAGUGAAAUUUUUGAGUUAGAGCCUUCUCUUCAAAAUAUAUUAGAUCAAAAAACCCUCAAAUGGGUUUUUGUGGGUGGUAAAGGAGGAGUAGGCAAAACAACAUGUAGCUCAUGUUUAGCAGUACAAUUAGCAAAAGUUCGAGAAACUGUGUUAAUUAUAUCCACUGAUCCUGCUCAUAACAUAUCUGACGCAUUUGAUCAAAAAUUUUCCAAAGUUCCUACUUUGGUGAAAGGAUUCAACAAUUUGUAUGCUAUGGAAGUUGACCCUAAUCUGGGAGCUACUCAGCUACCUGAAGAUUACUUUGCGGACGAUGAUCCAAUGAGGUUAGGAAAGAAUAUUCAAGAAUUGUUAGGAGCUUUUCCGGGUGUUGAUGAAGCUGUUAGCUAUGCUGAAGUCAUGAAACUUGUUAAAAGUUGGAAUUUUUCUGUGGUGGUUUUUGACACCGCUCCUACUGGUCAUACCUUGAGAUUAUUGUCCUUUCCAAAGCUGGUUGAAAAUGGCCUGGGGAAACUCCUGAAGAUAAAAUCUCAGUUAAGCCCUUUUGUGUCUCAAAUUUCUAACCUUCUUGGAAUCCAGGACUUGUCUGCUGAUGUGAUGUCAUCAAAAAUUGAAGAGAUCCUACCAAUCAUCCGCCAAGUAAAUGAACAAUUUCGUGAUCCUGAUCAAACCACAUUCGUGUGUGUUUGCAUUGCUGAAUUUCUCUCAUUGUACGAAACUGAAAGACUGGUACAAGAACUUACUAAAUGUGGUAUUGACACGCAUAAUAUUAUUGUAAACCAAUUAUUGUUCCCUAAUACGGUUGGAAAAUCAUGUAGUAUGUGUUGUGCUAGGUUUAAACUGCAAGAAAAGUAUUUAGAUCAAAUCUCAGAUCUGUAUGAAGAUUUUCAUGUUACCAAACUUCCACUUCUUGAACAUGAAGUUAGAGGUACAAGCAAAAUAGUUGCAUUUUCUGAUAAUCUUGUGAAACCUUAUAAAUCUGCAUAGUUUUAUAAUAUGAAAUAAAGUGUAUUAUAAAUACUUUCUACAAA